GUAAGAGCCACUUAUUCAACCACGUUGGCCAAAAACAAAACUAUUCCUGAACUUUCUAGACCAGCCUUUUUUUCCUGGGCAAAAUCAAAAUGUUCCAGAAUCCCAUGGAAGCCUCCCUAUUAUAUAUCUCCAUUGGAAUCAUCAUCGUCAUCGAAGAUAUUUUGAUGAACAUUCCAUUUUUAGAUUAGAUAUUUUUCGUGGAGCACUAUUUUUGCUACUUUCGUCCUCUUGGGGCCCACCAUAACCGACUUCCCGCCACCGAACACUUUCCAUAUUUAUAUAUGAACAGCCAUCAUUGUAUCUUUGCAGUAAAUAACUUUCCUCUGGAUUUUUGAAGAUUAUUAAAUCUGGGAAAAGGGGAAAAUUUUUGUAGAACCCAGUUGAGUUUUAUUUCUAGUGUUUGCGUCCGGGGAAGCUAUGGAGGGGGGUGGUUUAGAAGGGAAAGCCUCGUAUUAUGGCAUUCUUGGUGUUUGUGAAAAUGCCUCUGAGGAGGAAAUUAGACGUGCUUAUAGAAAGCUUGCAAUGCAAUGGCAUCCAGAUAGAUGGACGAAGACCCCUUACUUGCUGGGUGAAGCUAAGCGAAAAUUCCAAGAAAUCCAAGAGGCAUACUCAGUAUUAUCAGAUAAAAGAAAGAGGAUAAUGUAUGAUACAGGGCUUUUCGAUCCUAAUGAAGAAGAGGAUGAAGGAUUUUCCGAUUUUCUGCAAGAAAUGAUGUCUCUUAUGGAGAAUGUCAGAGAAGAGAACAAGGUGUACAGCUUGGACGAGUUACAGAACCUGUUCUCUGAGAUGGCUCAGAGUUUUGAGACUUCUGAAUGGUGCAGCUAUCCUCAAUCAGCCUACGGUUCAUCCCAGCAGUUUCACGAACCCUUUACUUUCAACUGCUCAGGGACUUCGUCAAAUUUCUCUAAUGUAGAUGGACAGAACUCUUUCCAAAAUCUAGUGACAGAACCGUACUCUAGUGGAGAAAUGUCUAAAUUUGCUUCUACUAUGUAUCAUGAAGCGUGGAGCUCAUCCUCCUAUGCGUUUUAGAGGUCCUGGGAUUUUACAAUGUGGAGCAGCAAUUUAACAGCACAAGCAAAAACCUUGAUCAUUGGGUGGAUUCUUUUUUAGGGGUGCUCUGAAGUGUUUCCUAUGAGCUAUGGCUGGAGGAAAGCCAAAGACAAACCAAGCAAGGGUUCACCAAUAACAGAGACCUCGUUUGCUUUGGAUUGUGACUCAGGGGAUGCCUGAGGUUGCUUAGACCCUUAAAUGGUUGUGGGUGUUCAACAUUGAGAAACUUUAAGAGCUGGAUUGGCACCAUCAGCUAGAGCUUAAAUAAACAUGUGUACUGUUAUGUUGUCAUUACUGAUGCGGCAAGCUAGUGAGACAUGGUUGAUACAUGAAAAUCGAGAUAUGUUAUUUGGACUUUGUAUACAUAUAUAUAUCACGGAUUUGAGAGUUGAUAAAUUUUGGGCCUGGUUUUGGUGUAUAUAUGUUUCUGUUACUCCUUCCGUGAAGUAUGGCCCAUAAAUGGAAACAAUAAUGUGAAAUCAUCUAUUUUCGCACUUACAAAUAGAC